AAGCCUAUUUGCAUCUGUUCACCAAUUUCUUGCAGCUUCUAUCUACUUGGUAGAUUGAGUACAGCGUACUUGAAUGUAAAUAAGGUUUUGAGUAUUUACAGUAAUGUCUAAGCCAAGUUUUAAUUCAGCAAUGGCUUGUGUAGGUCUGAUAUGAUAUUCCUUGAUUAUGUUUUCAGUGAAGGCCUUCCCCAAGGAUCAUCCAAGAAAGCCUUGUAGGCUCACCUCCUUCUUGGGUUACAAAGCUGGGAUGACUCACAUUGUUAGAGAGGUUGAAAAACCUGGUUCAAAGCUACACAAGAAGGAAACAUGUGAAGCUGUGACUAUCAUUGAGACACCUCCAAUGGUGGUUGUUGGUGUGGUUGGUUAUGUGAAGACACCCCGUGGUCUGCGUUCUCUAAGCACUGUGUGGGCUCAGCAUCUGAGCGAAGAAGUGAGGAGGAGGUUCUACAAGAACUGGGCCAAGUCAAAGAAGAAGGCUUUCACCAGAUACUCAAAGAAACAUGAAACUGAAGAAGGCAAAAAAGACAUUCAAAGUCAGUUGGAGAAGAUGAAGAAGUACUGCACUGUCAUCAGAGUUCUUGCUCACACCCAGAUAAGGAAAAUGAAAGGUCUGAAGCAGAAGAAGGCACAUCUGAGUGAGAUUCAGAUUAAUGGUGGAGAUAUAGCGAAGAAGGUUGACUAUGCCUGCAGCUUAUUCGAGAAGCAAGUCCCUAUAGAUGCUAUCUUCCAGAAAGAUGAGAUGAUUGACAUAAUUGGUGUUACAAAAGGAAAAGGUUACGAAGGUGUGGUUACAAGAUGGGGUGUGACCCGUCUUCCAAGGAAGACUCAUCGUGGGCUUCGCAAGGUGGCUUGUAUUGGAGCUUGGCAUCCAGCUAGAGUCUCCUACACGGUGGCUAGAGCUGGUCAAAAUGGGUACCACCACCGUACUGAGAUGAACAAGAAAAUUUAUCGGGUUGGGAAGGUUGGCCAGGAGACUCACUUAGCCAUGACUGAGUUCGACAGAACUGUGAAGGAUAUCACACCGAUGGGAGGAUUUCCACACUAUGGGAUAGUAAAGGAAGAUUAUUUGAUGAUCAAGGGAGGUUGCGUAGGGCCUAAGAAACGUGUGGUGACAUUGAGACAAACUUUGUUGAAGCAGACGUCUAGGGUUGCUACAGAGGAGAUCAAGCUUAAGUUCAUUGACGCGUCUUCCAAUCAUGGACACGGUCACUUCCAGACUUCUGAAGAGAAAGCCAAGUUUUAUGGAAGAGCAGCCAUCAAAGCUUAGAUAUUUUUAUUUUUCAAAAACUUUUGUUUUGUUUUCAAUUAUUAUCUUGCUUUUCGAGUUUUGACGGUUGGUUGACUUUUCCCUUAUUUUGGGUAUUAUAAAAGUUUACGAUUUAUAUUAUAAAGGUUUUUAUUUCAA